GGGUUUCAAGUCACGUGACCGCGGCUUUGCAGGCGUGUAUGCCGACUGACAGCGAUGUAAACACUCACUUUCCCCCUGUAGAUAUCAUGGAUUUUCAGAUGUAAAGCCAAGACCUCCUGGAUAGUCGGUGGGCAUGGCCUCGUCUUCCAGCUUCGGCCCUCCGAAACUGGAGGAUUUCAUCCUGACGGAGCGGCUCGGCAGUGGCACCUAUGCCACCGUCUAUAAGGCCUACAGAAAGGGGGACAGUCGAGAGGCGGUGGCUGUAAAGGUGGUUGCGAAGAAAACGCUCAACAAGGCGUCCACGGAGAACCUGCUGACUGAAAUCGAGAUUCUCAAGACUGUGCGUCACCCGCACAUUGUCCAGCUGAAAGACUUUGUGUGGGAUUCCGAUAACAUCUAUUUGAUCCUGGAAUGGUGUUCUGGUGGGGACCUGUCCCGUUUCAUUCGCAGUCGUCGGAUCUUACCGGAAAGAGUCGCCAGGCGUUUCCUGCAGCAGAUGGCCUGUGCUCUCCAGUUUCUACACGACCGAAACAUCUCCCAUUUGGACUUGAAACCACAGAACAUCUUGCUUAGCGGAUCGGUUCUCAAACUAGCAGACUUUGGCUUCGCUCAGUAUAUGUCACCGUGGGACGAGAAGAGCGUGCUGAGGGGCUCUCCUCUCUACAUGGCUCCUGAGAUGGUGUGUCGGCGACAGUACGACUCCAGAGUGGAUCUCUGGUCGGUGGGGGUCAUUCUUUAUGAGGCACUAUUUGGGCGCGCUCCCUUUGCGUCAAAGUCAUACUCUGAAUUAGAGGAGAAGAUUCGGAGCAACCAACCCAUUGAGCUCCCACCCGGGGCCAGGGUCUCCAAGCAAUGCCGAGACCUCCUCUUGCGCCUCCUGGAGAGAAACCCAGACAUGCGUAUCACCUUUGAGGAGUUUUUCACGCACCCCUUUGUGGACCUGGAGCACAUGCCGAGUGCCGAGAGCUUAGGGAAGGCGAAAGAGUUGGUCCUGCAGGCAGUUCAGAAGGACCAGGAGGGCGAGAGAUCCACAGCACUGUCUUUUUACUGUAGUGCCCUGGAGCACUUUGUCCCGGCUAUUUACUACGAGACGAACCGGCAGCGUAAAGAUGUCCUCAGGCAGAAGGUCAGUCAGUACGCAUCCAGAGCAGAGGAACUGAAAGCCCUGGUGGCCUCGGACAACAAGCUCAUCUUUGAGGAGGCCCGCACCUCCAGGGACAUCCUCCGAGAAAUGUCCCGUGACCAACCACGGCUGCUGUCUGCCCUGGAGAUGUCCUCUGAAGCCAUCGCUAAGGAGCAGAGCGGACUGGAUGAUAACGAGGCCUUGGAAGAAUACCAGCGGUGCUUAGGAGAACUUCUGCUGGUGCUUGCAGCUGAGCCGCAGGGCCGCCGCCGAGAGCUACUCCACAGCGAGAUCAAAAGUCUCAUGAGCCGAGCGGAGUACCUCAAAAAGAACAUCAAGAUGCAGGAGACUCAAAGGGACGCCUCACUCGACCGGGAGCCUCUAUCGGACUCCGUAAGAAGCUCUUGCUGUGUGCAGUAAGACCAAAAUGGCCACCGCGAGAACCGGCUGGCUUGGCCCAUCGGACCAACUUGCUGAGCGUGAAGCCAACAAGGCUCUGUGCUCGGACGCCAAAGCAAACCUGCAUCCCACCUCACCUCCCACAUUCUGGCUGGGUGGGAAAGUCCUGCCAAAAGUGCUAAAUGAUGUUUUAGUUGUUGCUGGAGGGAAUUUCAGCAGGUAGCAAGAACAGUUUAUUUUUUAUUUAUUUUUUUGUUCUUUGAGCUUAGACCCCACCGGAGAAUUGUUUACGACUUUCAAGUCGUAACCUUUGAGACACUCACAAAGUGACGCUCGCCAGUUGUUAUCGUGAGAGAUUCUCUGGCUAACAUUUGGCUUGGCUGUAAUGUAAACAUUAGCUUCUGUGCUCUAUCACUUACAUCUAUACACUGCUAUAAUCCUUGAACGCAACGCUCGAACUGGUCGACAAGCUGAAGUAGUUGGUGUCUUAUUUACUUUAAUUUAAAAGCAUUAGCAGCAAACUGUGAAAAUAUGUGGCGGGUAAACUGUGAAAAUAUGUGGCGGGUAAACGCGAACAUGAGACCUCACAAUGGUGUUUACUGUAGUACUGAGACAGUUGUACUGUAGCCUCUGCAAACAUAAAGAUGCAGUGGAACCUCUCAAGGUAAAACCAUGUUUGUUUUUGUACCAUUAGAAACUAUUUGAAAUUGGAUUGAUAUGUUCCACAGUCAAUUAAUAAGAAUUAAUUGUAACACAAGCGUAAAAAGAAGUUCAUCACUGCUGUAGUAAAACAAACAAACACUAAAUUGCGGACUCAACCUUUAUGACACCUGAGGACAAAGGCGCCGCGAAUCAAGACAGAGCUUUCUGACCUUCUUACUGGCCAUGAAAAUGUAAAAAGAAGUUUCCCGCUUGAUUGCAGAAUUUACUGUGACGUUUGGUGGGCAUAGUGAUGCCGGAUUUGUUCUUCCGUGGAUGUGUUCGGGCAAGAACACAGCGAAUGGUAAGAAAUAAAGAUUUAUUAACUAAUAAAAACAGACAAGGAAACAGAAAAACUGGCACAAAGGCACAAAAGGUAAAACAAAAACUACUAGCAUGUGAGCCAGGGAUAAACUAAACGUAGCGCGAAAGCUAGCGAGUAAAUACAUGGAAAAGCAUACGUCACUUGUUGCGUGUAAGGCAAAUUAGGAUCCGAGGAAGAAUGAACGAAAGGGGCAGGCUUAAAUAAGGCAGUAAUCAGCAAAAACAGGUGUGCGUCGAAAGCAAGGGACAGGUGAAACUAAUAAGCAACCAUGGUAACCGAACAAACAGGAACUAAGGACGUCAAACAACAGAAUGAGAUACAAAAAAUGGAACAAAACUAGAAUAUGUGAUGAUCCAGGUAGCGGAUCUUAACAGUUAAAAAAAAAAAAUUGUGUACUCACUCUUGACAAAUGCGAAUAGUAUAUCGGGAAGCGGAUUGUUGAAGGCAUUUUUUUUUCUGACAUUCUUACCUCACAAGUUUAAAAAGAAGUUAAGAAUUGCACAUUAACUUUUUUUUUUAACAUUUGUUUAUUAAAUUUUUGACAUAUACAGUCCAGAUAUACAAUUAAACACAUGUCAAAUGGUGUAUUUUCCUCUAAACAAGUGACACUCAAAAAUUAUACGUUAAAUAAAAUAGGAUAAAUGAAUGUAUAAAAAUAAUAAAGUCAAAUAAGUACAGGCAAAUAUUGACACAAAAGCAGAAAUUAAGCUAAUUAUCUACAUUUCAGUUGGAGUGUAAAUCAGUCUCUUCUACAUAUUUUAGGAAACCACCCCAUACUUGCAUUGCACAUCACUUCUUAAAAGAGUAUAAAAAUCAAUACAAACUUCUGCAAUGUUGUUAUUGAUGUGCAAUGACAAUGAAAGCCUAGUCUAUUCUAAAACCUUGUAGAGCUGCUAAUGCCUGGGGGGUUAGUAGACACAGCAGUCACAUUAACACUAACUGCAGCAAUGUACAUUCCAGUCUUUUUUUUUUUUUAUUGUGGCUUCAGAUCUCUUGUACUGCGCAGCCCGGACAGAGGAACUUUUCUCUCCGCACCUUAUCACUGUAAAUAUGAAAAUAACACUGCCUUUUGUUUGUGCUGUACAGUUUUUUUGCUUGUACCGUUACAGUUUUUAAGUCAUUCUAAAAUACGUUUUCUGAUUGGGGACAUCGUCCAGGCCCCCCACCUUAUCAAACUUUGACCAAACUUGUCCCAGUUGUGCUACAAUUUAUUUUGUCUAUUAUUGCUUUUGUGUUAUUAAUGUUUUAUUAUUCAAAACUAGCCCCCCCCCCACCCCUCUAAACCACCCCCCCAUACACUUUGUCAAAAUCUCCCCAAACUUUUUUAGUGUUAUGUUUGUGCUGCAAACAUGUUUUGUCUUAUGUUUUUUAUGUUAACCUUUUAAAGUUCUUAUGUUAUCAAAGUGUUUUUAAUGUGUUAUUAGUCAAAACUAGCCCCUCCCCCCAAAAUGCCAAAAUCUACCCAAACUUGUCCUAUUUGUUUGUGCUGCAUAUAUGUUUUGUUUAACUAUUAUAGCAGGGGUCCCCAAACUACGACCCACAGGAAGUACCAAGUUUAAAAAAACAACAAAAAAUGUAUACAUUUUUUUAUUAUCAUUUUUUUAAAUUUGUCUUUUCUAAUCAAUUUUCUACCACUUGUUACUCCUCUCUGUCUCCUAGCCACUAAGGCAAAUCAUAUUGUCUAAAAAUGCAUUUUCCCAUCGAUAUAUAUUUAUAUAUAUACACAUUUUCUACCGCUUAUCCCUUUUAGGGUCGCGGGGGGUGCUGGAGCCUAUCUCAGCUGCAUUCGGGUUAUAUAUAUAUAUAUAUAUAUAUAUAUAUCCAUCCAUCCAUCCAUCCAUCUUCUUCCGCUUAUCCGAGGUCGGGUCGCGGGGGUAGCAGCCUAAGCAGGGAAGCCCAGACUUCCCUCUCUCCAGCCACUUCGUGUAGCUCUUCCUGGGGGUUCCCGAGGUGUGUGUGUAUAUAUAUAUAUAUAUAUAUAUAUAUAUAUAUAUAUAUAGUCCAGGUUUCUGUGGUUUAUCCGUCAUAGAGUGCUCAAUACCGGGGUGGAGCGGAAUAUAUGGUAGGUCAGGAAAAAUGCUUUUCAUCCCUACAAACCUGUUUUGCAGGGGAUUUUAUAAUAUAUAUAAUAUCAUACAACAUGUCACUGGACAUGUUGGAUACUAUUUUUUACCAUAUAAAUAGGUAGGGACGGCGUGGCGCAGUGGGAGAGUUGCCGUGCGCAACCCGAGGGUCCCUGGUUCAAAUCCCACCUAGUACCAACCUCGUCAUGUCCGUUGUGUCCUGAGCAAGACACUUCACCCUUGCUCCUGAUGGGUGCUGGUUGGCGCCUUGCAUGGCAGCUCCCUCCAUCAGUGUGUGAAUGGGUAAAUGUGGAAGUAGUGUCAAAGCGCUUUUGAGUACCUUGAAGGUAGAAAAGCGCUAUACAAGUACAACCCAUUUAUCAUUUAUAUAUAAUACAACAAAAUCCCCUGAAGAACAGAGAAAAUUGUGAAACAGGCUUGUAGGGAUGAAAUAGCCUCUGUUUUUUCCUGACCUAACAUGUAUGUAUGAUUGUAUAUAUAUAUAUAUAUAUAUAUAUAUAUAUAUAUAUAUAUAUAUAUAUAUAUAUAUAUAUAUAUAUAUAUAUUCAACAAUGAAUACGUAAAAUGAUAAUAGUUGGACAAAAUAUUUUUAUUUUUUGCAGCACGAAUGAUCACGUUUAGGGUGAUUUUGAUAAGUUAUGGAUAAUACGUUUACAGCAUAAAACUAUUAAUGUUUUUGGAAAAACAAACCAAUGGCUGUGUUAUUUUAAUAUUUGCAAUAAGGGGGGCCAGCUUCUCACAGGCGUUAAAUGGUUAUCAUCAAUCUGUUUAUAACUGGAAUUGCAAGAAAGGCCAAAGAUAAAGUAAAAAUAUUUUGGAAGCUCACUGAGCUGAGGUCUUGCGUGACAUCACGCCUGAUAGCUUUGUCCGAUGUCACUUGAGGAAGGGGACGUUCCACUGUAGUUGACGCUGAAGCAUGCCUUCACUGUGGUUGAGCCUGACCAUGUCCUCUCCACUGAUGGACGCCAUUUCCACCGCCAUGAAAGGCGAGCCGGACAGGCGCGGCCUUUGCCUUGUUUGCUCUGGAGCUGCAGGUCUUGGCACCAGGUUGCGAUGCCGCUGCACACUCCAGAGACGUUUCGGCUGAUAGUGCUCGCUGUGGGAGGUCCGGGUUUCACUGUUAUGAUUUCAAACCUGUGCUGUUAUAUUCUUGAAGAGUUUUAAUUUUGACCGCCGUGGGGUGGGGAAAACAGAAUCCGGAGUCAAAAGUAUUAACGUGUCAAUAUGUCUGUUGGCUGCUGUGUUGUCAUUUUCUCUUUACCUGUUGACGCAGCUGUGACUUCUAUAAUCUGACAUGUAUUUAUCAAAAGGGAUUAAAGACGCUUUAUCCAGA